AUGUAACAGGGUAUUAGUCAAAACUUCACAACAACUCUUAAUUUUAAUAUUGAUGAUGAGAUAUUCAUAGUUUUACCACAUAAAGGGGAAAUUAAUUUUAAAGGAUUUGCACAAACAGAGGUAAUCAUAUUUUAGAAAUUAGGAAUUAUCAUAAAAUGACAAUAUCUAAUAACCAUUAAAAAGUAUUGCAAAUGAGCUUGUUUAAAAAACAAUUCCUAUUAGAUAAAGUUGGGUUCUUUUGAAAGAAGCUCAUCAGUUUAAUUUGCCACCCUCAUAUUUUAAGAAAAAAAUUGUAAUUUCAAGAGAUAAUGAUGAAGAUCAAAUUAAAAAAGUAGUUAAUUAAUAUGAUUUUAUUCCAUAUGUAUAAUUCGAUGAUGAAUAAUUAAAUUAAAUAUGGAAAGAAGCUACUUUUGAUGUUAUAUAGUAGAAUAACAGAAAUACAAAAAACCGAUGGAUUGUUUCAAAAUGGAUAGUAAAAGGAACUAAGAAUAUUAAAAACUCUUUUAAUAAAGAUAUGUUAAAAGCUUAAGAUUGUGUAACUGGAUUAGGAGAUUUUAUAUACAAUAAAAAAAAUUUUAAUAAAUUAUGGAACUUUUCAAUUGUACAUGGCAUUUAUCUAAUUAUUAAAGUAAAUAAUAAUAAGAAAUUAGAAAUCAUUAUUGAUACCAUCCCUUUUUAUUGGAUACAGGGAAGUGAUUGGAGAUACAUCUACUAAAGCAGCAUAAAUUUAAGUUGAAAAAGAAAGGUAAUUAUCUCUAAGAAAUAAGAAUUUGAAUUUUGCUAUAUAUUAGUAUUUCUAUCAUACUCAAGAAAGUUAAUCUGCUAUAAAAUUGAAAGUUGAUUAUAUAAAAAAUCAAUUGAAGAAUUUUGAAUAAGACUGUUGGAAAAUAGCAGCAUUAUUGAGCGAUAGACAUAUCAAUUAAAAUAAUUAAAAUAAUAAAGAAUUUAGAAAUCUUUAAGAAAAAUAUCAAAUAAUAUAUGAUUCAAAUAAAGACAUUGAAGAACUUAUAAGUGAAUAACUUAAUAAUGCUCAAAAUAGAUAUUUGUAAAAAAAUACGAUAGAUUUGCCUGAACCUGCUAUAAAAUAGAUUUAAGACAUUUUAGAAUGUUAUAAAUUAUAAAAAUAUUAUUAAGAACUAUUGAAAGUAUCAUUCUUUAUCAUUAUUAUAGAAUGAAUUGGCAAACUAUGAAAAUGAAGUGAUAUAAUAAUAUGAAAAAGACUUUUUCUUUCUAAAUAAAUAAAAUCAUAGAGAAGAAUAUAUUAAGGAAACUUUAAAGUUGAAAAAGAAGAAUUUAAAAAAACAGUAUUACAAUCAAAUGAUCUAAGAAUUAUCCCAAAAAAAUAUUGUUGAUAGAAAUAUAUAUAUAGAAUUUAUUGAGAAUAAAUAAAAAUAUAAGAAUAGAGUAAAAGAAAUUAAGAAAAUAGCUAAAGAACAAUUUUCAAGACCUAAUAUAGCUUUUUAUAUGUAAAUAUUUUGAAAUUAUUAUAGAGUUCGUUUAGUUGUUCCUCCUUACCCAAUAAUUUUAGAAGGAAACAAAUAUUUCUUUUUAAAAAUAAUUAAUUAUGAAGUGAACUCCUCAUAUUAUUUUUGGAAAUUUUUAAGUUUUUGCUUAUUAUAUUUUACUAUAAUAAUCAAUAGUUAUUAUUUGUUUUAUUAAUUUGGAAUAUAUGGUCAUUUUGGACUAAAAGCCUUAUUUUCAAUAGAAAAAUUCUAUAACGAUAAAAAAAUUAAUAGUUUAACAGGGGAAGUUACAGAAGAUGAAUUGAUUGAAACAAUUUGUUCAACUAUGAGAUAGAUUUAUAGAGGAAUGGAAAAAUCAAGAAGAGAAUUUGAAGAAUCUGAAGAUUCUGAUAUGUUUGGUAAAGGUUGUUUAAGAAUCUGUAAUUUAAUUGAAGUCUAUAUUUUUCGAUUUUUGUUUGUAGGAGUAUUUUGUACUUUAAUUUUGAAACCUAUGUUAAUACUUUUAAUCUCAAGCAUACUAUUUUUUAUUUUUAUAACUUCAUUUAUGUGGGCAGGAUUUGCAGUAAUAAUUAAGUAAAUAUUAUUCAAUAUAAUAGAUGGAUGGUAUGUUUAUUAUUUUUUGAUAUUGAUACAGCAGAAAGACAUGAAUAUAAUGAAAUAGAUUAUAUUCAUUGGUUUAUGCCAUUAUUCAGAGCUUUUCUUGAUAUUAUGAUAGGAAUAGUUGAAAUAAUGGUUUGUUUUAUCUGUUUGUUAAUUUUUCCAAUAUUUGCAAUAUUUACAAUUUUAUUUGGAAUUCUUAGAUUUAUAGUACGAUAUAUUUAUGAUUGCUUUAUGAUGAUUGUAAGGAUUAAAUUAAUAUUUGUAGUUUGUUUAUUGUUGUGGAAGAGUUCCUUAUCGUUCAGGAUGUUUAGCUUGGAGAGUUGGUGGUGAUAAUAUAUAGAAAAAGAUUAUAUAUAAUUAUCAUAAAGUAAAAUUAAUAUUUAAUAUUAGUUAACAAAUGAAGAAUUAAUUCUAUUGACAGCUAGAGAAUUAGAACGAUAUAUUCUUGAAGAAUAUCAAAAUCGCAUUAUAAUAGCUAUAUAAUAACCAGAAAAAUUUAUAAAUAAUAGUUUACAACCAUUUUUCAAUCGAUUUAGUGCACAAUAUUAAUGUAUUGAUUAAAAUUCAAAAUUACUUUUGGAUUAACUGUCUAUAAAAAUUGCAAAAUUAAAAUCACUUCAUCCAGAAUUGGAUUCAGAAACAAAAAAAUACAUUAAAUAUACAGUUAAUGAACUUUAAGAAAUUAAAUUAUUUUUGAUUACAUUUUUAAUUGAAUAAAUCAAUUUAAAAAAUAUGCAUUCUUUUAUUUGGAAACGUACUGGAUUAUAAAUUGGAGAAUAUUAAGGUUUGAUUGAUAUUAUUAUUACUUAAAUUUUUGGUAAUGACGUUAUAAUAAAACCAGAAGAACUAGUUCAAGAGGUCUAAAUUGUAAUUAUUAUUUUUAAUAUUAUCAUUAGAAAGUAGAAAAAGAAAAAGGAAUAGGUGAAUAAAUUGAAAGAGCAAUGCUUGGAUAAGUCAAUUUAAAUUAACCUAAUAAAUUAAUAAUAGAAUAAAAAAAAGAAAUACCUUAAUAAAUAACAAAGAAAGUACAUAAAUAAUUUAUUCCAAUUUCUGAAGUAAAUCAAUCUUUUAAUAUUAGAUAUUUGAUAAAAUAUGGUUGGCCUAAUAAACAAAUUAAGAAUGGAGUUCUUUAAUUAACAAAGAUAUGAGAUUUUUAUUAAAUUACUCUUUGAAAAAUGAAUGA